AUGGCAGGUCGACAAGCACACGGACGAGCGCCGACGGCGAAACCCCUUGGGAAACGCGCGGGGAAAAUACAACAACAAAACCAAGGAAAGUCGAAGGCGAAACCAAAAGGAGGUUCCAAGACGAGAGCCCUCAACGCCUUUGAGAUUGCUUCGGAGCAGUUUGCGGACGGCGAGAAGAAGAGGAGCGGCCGAAACCGGAUCUUGGAUAUUGACGAUGCGAGACCGAAGCACCGAAGGGAUGCCGAGGAGGGUUCGGAAGGAGAAGAUGAGGGGCCGAGGAGGAAACGAGCUAGGCCCAGCCGGCCCGCUCAGGAAGACUCCGAUAUUGAGGAGGGAAGCGACGAUGAGGGGAAUAGGUGGAGGCUAGGAGGACUGGCGGAGGAUGAUGAGGAUUCGGAGAUUGACAGUGAUGAAGCGUUUGGCGAGAGUGACAAUGAGACUUUUCAGGGCUAUGCGUUCCGUGGAAGCAAGUCCAAUCAGGAAAAAGAUGGUGAUGAUUCUGACGGAGAAGACGACGACGAGUCUCUCGGCGAAGAUGCCAUCGACCUCGCCCAAGCUCUAGACAUGGCCGAAGAGGAGUCUGGGGAGGACGAGGAAGAAUCCGGUUCCGAUGAAUCAGAUGAAGACGACAGCGAUGCCGAUUCGGAAGAAGAUGACGGAACGGACUCCGAUGACGACGGUGUCCAGGAUCAAGAUGCGCUCAAAAGCCUGGUAGCAGAAUUCGCUGGCGUCGACGAAGACGAGGACGCAACCAAAUCGACGAAGCCCAAAAUCGGACUCAAGGACCUCGGGCUCUUCGGCAUCAAAGACGCCAACAUGAAGAAGUCUUUGAAACUCAUGACGAAGGAAGAGAAGGAAACUAGGCCCGGUUUGAGCAAGAAGUUAGACGUUCCUCUACCAAAGCGCCAGCAGGACCGUAUCGAUCGAAAGGCUGCGUACGAGAAGACGACGGAGACCCUCGACCGGUGGACGGAGACCAUCAAGCACAACAGACGUGCGGAGCAUCUCGUGUUCCCUCUCCCCCAAGAACUACCCAAUGCGGGUCUCGGCAACACGGAGAUGCAACCGCUGAAACCUACCGACGCGAGGACCGAGCUUGAGAAGACCAUGUUUUCUCUGCUGGACCAGAGCGGUCUGAGCCUGACCAAGGAGAAGAAGAAGAAGCCCUUGAUUUCGGAAGAGGAGCACUUGCAGCUAUCUAAGCAGGCUCGGCAGGAGCUACUAGCCGAGCGACGACUGGCGCGAGAGCUCCAAUCUCGCGAGGCGAAGAAGAUGGCGCGCCUAAAGAAGAUCAAGAGCAAAGCCUACCACAGGAUCCACAAGAGGCAAAAGCAAAAAGAAGAGAUCGCCGCCAAGGAAGCCAUGAUUGAAGCCGGCGAGAUCGAUUCCGACGAUGAAAGGGAAGAGCAGGAUCGCAAGCGGGCCCUCGAGCGCGUGGGCGCCAGGCAUAAGAAUAGCAAGUGGGCCAAGUCCGGCUCGAAGGUCAAGAGGGCCGUGUGGGAUGAUGAUUAUCGAGCCGGGCUCGUGGAUAUGGCGCGACGGGAUGAGGAGCUGCGGAAGAGGGUUGAAGGGCGCGGUGCUGGCGAAAACUCUGACGAUGAUGAGAGUGUCGAGUCCGGCAGUGACUCUGAGGAUGACCGCGAGCGACUUCGGCGGGAACUUGAGAGGGCCGAGGCUUUCGAUGAUGGUGCUCCCGAGUCGAAGUUGAUGCAGCUCAAGUUUAUGAAGAGGGAAGAGGAGCGUCUCAGGCAAGCGAAUGAUGAGCUUGUGGCGCAGAUUAAGAGGGACCUCGACUCGGAUAAUGACGGUGACGACGUUGAAGAGGAGGAUCAGGGUGAUGUUGGCCGAAGGAAGUAUGGUAUGGGAAAUGCCAUCUCCGCGACGGGACCACUCUCAGCUGCCGGCCAGAAGGCAAGCAAGAACAAGGCUAGGAGACAGCGGAAAGAGGAGGGCGGAGAUGUCGACGCUAUGGACGAAGAUGGCGAUGAUGGAAAUGAUGCCGGCGUCACCCGAGACCGUCGAUACAUCGUCCAGACUGAUUCGAUCGCCGGAGCAUGGUCAACCGCAGAACCUCGCCGCAAGUCCAAAAACAAGAAGAACGGCGAAGACGUGCAUCCUAACGAGCCACUCGACCUCAACUCCUCAAUCCUGCUCGCCGAAGGUGCCCCUAAGCCCAAGCCCAACACUAAGUCCACGAAGGUGAAGUCCCGCACGGAGAAGCCCGCCGUACAAUUCCUCGAGGACGGCGAAGACGUCGAUUCCGGCGAUGACGGCGAGGACCUGAAACUUCCCUUCGCUAUCCGCGAUCAGGACCUGAUCGCGCGAGCUUUCGCCGGCGACGACGUCGUCGCGCAGUUCGAGCAGGAAAAGGAAGAACUCGCCGAGGAGCAGGACGACAAGGUCAUCGAUAACACGCUGCCUGGAUGGGGUAGCUGGGCGGGGGAUGGGAUCAGCAGCCGGGAGAAGAAGAGGAAUAAGGGCCGGUUCCUUACCAAGAUUGAGGGCGUGAAGAAGCAGGAUCGGCAGGAUGCCAAGUUGGAUCGGGUUAUUAUUAACGAGAAGAAGAUUAAAAAGAACGACAAGUACCUAGCAACACAGCUUCCUCACGAAUUUGAGUCUAGGGAUCAGUAUGAAGGUACAUUGAGGUUGCCGGUGGGAGCAGACUGGGUUACGAAGGAGACGUUCCAGACUGGAACUAAGCCUAGAGUUAUCAUUAAGCAGGGCAUUAUUGCGCCUAUGUCACGACCUGUAAUAUAG